GCCCCUCCCGCUACACGCCGCGGUUGCGAACCACACCACCGGGGCUGCUCGCCUGAGCCUCGGCGGCCGCGGAGAUGAAACCAGAGCCGCUGACGCUGCCGCCGUCACCCAAUUGGUACUGCACGCGCUGCAGCGACGCGGCGCCCGGAGGCAUCUUUGGCUUCGCAGCGCGGACCUCCGUCUUCCUCGUCCGCGUGGGCCCGAGCGCGGGCGCGAACCCAGGGGCGCCCCCGUUUCGAGUUGUAGGAGAGUUGGUGGGACACACUGAAAGAGUAUCCGGCUUCACUUUUUCUCAUCACCCUGGACAGUACAACCUCUGUGCCACCAGCUCCGAUGAUGGGACUGUGAAAAUCUGGAAUAUAGAGACCAAGGCAGUGGUGACAGAGCACUCACUCCAUCAGCACACAAUAUCAGCCCUGCAUUGGUCUCCGACAGUUAAGGACUUAAUAGUCUCUGGGGAUGAAAAAGGAGUUGUUUUCUGUUACUGGCUUAACAGAAAUGACAGCCAGCACUUCUUCCCGGAGCCCAGGACCAUUUUCUGUCUUACUUGUUCACCUCAUCAUGAAGAUUUAUUAGCCAUUGGCUACAAGGAUGGUAUAGUGGUUAUCAUUGACAUCAGUAAGAAGGGAGAAGUCAUUCACAGGCUUCGAGGUCAUGAUGAUGAGAUCCACUCCAUAGCCUGGUGUCCUUUGUCUGGUGAAGACUGCUUACCCGUAAACCAAGAGGAAAACUCAGAAGAGCCUGACAUUCCCAAUGGGAAACUUGUAGCAGAAACCCCCAUCACAAAAGGCUGCUACUUAGCCACGGGAAGCAAGGAUCAGACCAUUCGAAUCUGGAGCUGUUCCCGAGGGCGGGGGAUAAUGGUUUUGAAAUUGCCCUUUCUGAAGAGGAGAGGAGGGGGUGUGGACCCAGCAGUUAAAGAACGUCUUUGGUUGACACUUCAUUGGCCCAACAACCAGCCAACACAACUGGUAUCCAGUUGUUUUGGGGGCGAGCUGCUGCUGUGGGACCUCACCCAGUCGUGGAGACGGAAGUACACGCUCUUCAGCACCUCAACAGAAGGGCAGAAUCACUCCAGAAUCAUCUUCAACUUGUGUCCCCUGAAGACUGAAGAUGGCAAGCAGCUGCUACUGUCCACGUCCAUGGACAGAGAUGUAAAAUGUUGGGACAUGACCACUCUGGAGUGCUGCUGGACAUUGCCUUCUCUUGGAGGUUUUGCCUACAGCCUGGCCUUUUCUCCUGUGGAUGUGGGCUGCUUGGCCAUAGGUGUUGGCGAUGGCAUGAUCCGGGUGUGGAAUACGCUCUCCAUAAAGAACAACUAUGAAGUGAAAAGCUUCUGGCAAGGAGUCAAGUCCAAGGUUACAGCGCUCUGCUGGCACCCAAACAAGGAGGGCUGCUUGGCGUUCGGAACUGAUGAUGGAAAAGUGGGAUUGUAUGAUACCUGUUCCAACAAACCUCCACAGAUUUCAAGCACGUAUCAUAAGAAGACUGUGUACAGGUUGGCUUGGGGGCCACCAGUCCCCCCAAUGUCACUUGGAGGGGAAGGAGACAGGCCUUCCCUCACCUUGUACAGCUGUGGAGGGGAAGGCAUUGUGCUGCAACAUAACCCCUGGAAGCUCAGCGGAGAGGCCUUCAACAUCAACAAGCUUGUGAGGGACACCAAUUCCAUCAGAUAUAAACUGCCUGUGCACACAGAGAUCAGCUGGAAAGGAGAUGGCAAGGUCAUGGCUCUGGGCAAUGAAGAUGGGUCAAUAGAAAUAUUCCAAGUUCCCAACUUGAAACUACUCUGCACCAUCCAGCAGCACCACAAACUGGUGAAUGCCAUAGUCUGGCACCAUGAGCACGGCAGCCGUCCAGAGCUGAGCUGCCUCAUAGCUUCUGGCUCCAACAAUGCAGUCAUCUACGUGCACAAUUUGAGAACUGUUCUAGAGAGCAAUCCUGAGUCUCCAGUAACCAUCACAGAGCCUUUCCGGACCCUCUCAGGACACACAGCCAAGGUUACCAGUCUGGCGUGGAGCCCUCAUCAUGAUGGAAGGCUGGUAUCUGCUUGCUAUGAUGGCACAGCUCAGGUAUGGGAUGCCCUCCGGGAAGAGCCUCUGUUCAAUUUCCGAGGACAUCAAGGCCGGCUGCUAUGUGUGGCGUGGUCCCCAGUGGACCCAGAAUGCAUCUACUCGGGUGCAGAUGACUUCUGUGUAUACAGGUGGCUAACCUCCAUGCAGGACCAUUCCCGGCCUCCUCAAGGAAAAAAAUGUAUUGAACUAGAAAAAAAACGGCUCUCUCAGCCUAAGCCAAAGCUUAAAAAGAAGAAAAAACCCACCCUGCGACUACCUGUAAAGCAAGAUUCAUCCAUUGUCACUGAAGAUGAGAGUUCGAGGGAGACCUCGGGACCUGUUGAGAAUGGUGUGUCGGACCAGGAUGGUGAGGAGGAAGCCCAGGAGCCAGAGCUGCCACCAUCUCCAGUAGUUUCUGGUGAAGCUGUUUCCUGCAUUGCUGUUUCCUUAGGUGUUGAAAAGUCAAAAGUCACAGUUAAUAGCAAAGCCACCUCACUGAAAAAGGAGCCACCCAAAGAGAAGCCAGAAGCCUUACUCAAGAAAAGGAAGGCUCGCUCCAUGCUCCCCCUGAGCACAAGCUUAGACCACAGGUCCAAAGAGGAACUCCAUCGAGACUGUUUGGUACUAGCAACUGCAACACAUGCCAAAGCAGAGCUAAAUGAAGAUGUGUCUGCUGACCUUGAAGAGCGAUUCCACUUGGGCCUCUUCACAGACAGGGCUACUCUGUACAGGAUGAUGGAAACAGAAGGAAAAGGCCACCUGGAGAGCGGCCACCCUGAGCUUUUUCACCAGCUCAUGCUCUGGAAAGGCGAUCUGAAAGGUGUUCUCCAAGCAGCAGCAGAGAGAGGAGAGCUUACAGACAGCCUCGUGGCUGUGGCACCAGUAGCUGGCUAUAGUGUGUGGCUGUGGGCCGUGGAAGCCUUUGCCAAGCAGCUGUGUUUCCAAGAUCAGUAUGUCAAGGCUGCCUCUUACCUGCUGUCCAUCCACAAAGUGUAUGAAGCUGUGGAACUUCUCAAGUCAAAUCAUUUCUACAGAGAAGCUAUCGCAGUUGCCAAGGCUCGACUACGCCCUGAAGACCCCGUCCUGAAGGACCUGUACCUCAGCUGGGGGUCUAUCCUGGAGAGAGAUGGCCACUACGCAAUCGCAGCCAAGUGCUACUUAGGAGCCACUUCCGCCUAUGAUGCAGCCAAAGUUCUGGCAAGAAAGGGAGACGCAGCCUCACUCAGAACAGCUGCAGAGCUGGCUUCUAUAGCAGGAGAAAGUGAACUGGCUGCUUCCCUGGCUCUCAGAUGUGCCCAAGAGCUGCUUCUGGUGAAGAACUGGGUGGGCGCACAGGAAGCCUUGGGGCUACAUGAAAGCUUGCAGGGCCAGAGACUGGUCUUCUGCCUCCUUGAGCUUCUUUGCCGGCACUUGGAAGAAAAGCAGCCUCCAGAGGUCAGAAGCCCCUCCUCCAUUUAUCACCAGUGGGCUACAGGCUCUGAAGGAAACCUGGUGCAGAGAGUGACUGGUGUGUGGCGCAGCACCUUCAGUGUGGACACACCAGAGCAGUGUCGGGCUGCCUUGAAGAAGCUGCAGAAUGUCAAGUAUCCGUCUGCAACAAGUAACACUCCCUUCAGACAGCUGCUGCUUCACGUCUGCCAUGACCUGACCCUGGCAAUACUGAGCCAACAGACUGCCUCCUGGGAGGAGGUUGUACCAGCACUGCUGCAGGCUGUUCUUCAGAGCUACACCUCAGGGAACUUCACCCUCAUGCAGGAAAUCUACUCAGCCUUUCUCCCAAGUGGCUGUGACUACCUACGAGACAAACUGGGUGACCUAUCUCUUGCCACUGCAGCUUUCAAAAGCUUAGAGGCCUUUUUUAUUUAUGGGCAACUGUAUGAAGUCUGGUGGUCGCUCUGUGGGCCUGGCCCUGAGUCCAGCAUCUGGGUGAAAAGCACAGUACCUGCGGAGCAGAGGGAGCCAGAGGACAGUGCCAGUGCCGAAGACACGGAGCCUGGGGCUGCUGCUCCUCAGCCACGGUCAAGCCCACCUUCAGGCCCAGGUCUCAGGCUCAGUGGAGAGAGUGAGCGUUUACUUAGUUCCUGCAGAGAGCUAUUCUCAGAAAGGCACGCCAGCCUCCAGGCCUCCCAGAGGACUGUUGCUGAAGUCCAGGAGACACUGGCAGAAAUGAUCCGCCAGCACCAGAAGAGUCAGCUCUGCAAGGCUACAGCCAACGGUCCCAGCACAGAUGACCCUGGCCAGGAAGCAGAGCAGGCUCCUUCCCAACCUCAGAGCCCAAGCAGAGAAGAAAGAAAUGCAUCGGUCUCUCUCCCUGAAUUAACCAGAAGGCUUACAGAGGCGAAUAAGAGAAUAGCUGAGUUUCCAGAGAGUGUAAAGGCCUGGCCCUUCCCAGAUGUGCUAGAGUGCUGCCUUGUCUUGCUUCACAUCGGGUCCCAGUGGCCUGGUGCCGUGAACUCUGAGAUGCAGCAACAGGCCGAGGAGCUCCUUCAGAAAUAUGGCCACACUAGAGCUUACAGAAGAUACUGCCAGACCCUGCACACAUGAACUUCCAGAGGCCAUAAAACCGUGUCACACAUGUAACAGCUUUCUUCUCAGUCACAGCUCACCUGGCCUUCACCCUGAUCUUCAAUGGAAAGAUGCUGUGAUCACCUGACAUCUGAGGGUGAAGCUUGGAUCCACUUACAAUGGAACCCGCCUGGUGCCUCCCAAGUGGUCUCCUGUAAUGGAGCAGAGAGCCAGCAGGGUCGCUCAGAACCAGCCCUCACCAAGACUAUCGUCUCCAGCCUUACGUGGUUUCCCCAAAGAGAAAACCUUUGUACUCACCCAAAGUCUGUCCAUCCCAGAUGCAGCUGCCUGUAUAAAUCCUUACCUUCGGAAGCGUAGCAUUCUGUGGGAGGUGCAUUCGACACACAGCGCUGUUGGGUUAGGGCUUUCCCACUUCUCAAAGACUAAAGGAAUUGGCCUUGCCCAUCGUGUUGACUUAAACAUUAGCUUUCUGAGAACAGAGCUAAUGGUGUCCUCCAGAUUUUGUGACAUGACUGGUGGUGGUCAGUCAGCUCAGGAAAAAAAUCACUGUUAGUGGUUCUUUAAUCUUUGGGGUCAUAAAACCCUUUUUGAGAAUUGACUAAAACACAGCCUGGAGAACAGCGCCUAUUUCCUCAUUUUACCUGUGCCUCCCAGAUCAUUAGACUUCACUUUACACCCUGGAACCCCAAGUCCUAUUUAUUCACCAGCCCUAGUUACCACACAGCAGGACAGGUCAGAGGCUGAUGCCUCCACCAUCACUGCUGUAGAAUGGGAAAAGCAGAUGUGCUCAGGUUGGGUGGGCAAAGCAUACCUUCUUCCUGUCUGUCUUGAGGUUCAUUGUGAAGGCUUCAUCUGUGGGCAUCAAGAAAUAGUCCCAGCUGGAACUCCAUGGGAUGUGCAUUUUGAGAUAAUUCUGUGUGCCUGGCUUUGGGGGUCUAAAAAAUGCUAAGCCCCAAGAAAAGGAAGUACUGUACCAUUGUAUAAACUCUAGGAAGAUGCACUGGUUUUAAAGGCAAGAGACUUGACAAAUGUGAGUGGGUUUGACUACAUAAAGGACGGGAUAAUUCCAAGCAUUUUCAUCUACAGAACAGGAAAGGUUAGCUCCCUCCACUUGAAUAAAGAGUAGUUGGUAACUACAAACUCACCUUUGUGAUUUGCUGAAACCAGCACUUGUUGGGAGCAACCCUGCAUACUGCAGUAACCUCUGUUACUGCUGGGAAAAACCAGAAGCAGGAGGAAUUCAAUCAAGUCUAGCCUGGACUCUGAAGCAAGACCGUGUUUCAGAAAUAGUCGUAAUAAUCCAAUGAGCUAGAGUGAUGGUUCAGGUUAAGAGCACUGGCUGUUCUUCCAUAGGACCUGGGUUCAAUUUUAACCACACAUGGUGGCUUACAGCCAUCUGUAAGUCCAAUUCCAGGAGAUCCAACACCCUCUUCUGACCUCCACAUCACCAGAUACACCCAUAGUACAUAAACAUACACAUUCACCCAAUAGAAAAAUGAGAAUGACAGCCGUUUUCCUCUUCAACUGCUCAUUUCAAUAAUGUGUGUUAUCAACUUGCUAACAUUUGGAUAUUAUUACUUCUGUAUCCCCUACUUAUGAGAAUCACAAAGUCAGAGAUGCAAAGCUGUUCACUCAAAGUUCUAGCAGAAAGCAUGUAUUACUAAGCAAUCUUUAGGGGGAUGGUCUAGACCCAUUCAGUUACCUUGCUCUGCAUCUGCUCGUAGUGCUCCCUACUCCUCCAGCAAUGACUGCAUUCCCUUCUCUUUCUGCACCUCCACCUCCUGCCUCUUCUCAGCACCUUGCCCUGCAUGGAGUCUUGUCCAGCUGCUGCCACCUUGAAUUUUUCCCUAAAAAACACUCCCUGUCUCUUAAUCUCAGUGCCCUUAUACAGUUCAGGCUAUAUGUGUGUAAGUCAUUUACUGUCUGGCUACAGGUAGGUUACCUGCAGUGGGGAGGACAGUGUCGUCAAUUGCUCAUUCCAACACUUAAGUAGAUACUUAGUGAAAGCUCAUUGGCUGAAUAAGCUAAGAAACUAGUAAUUUGCAAACACAGGGCUCUUCAUUCCCUCCCCCCACACACACACCGCUAGUACCUCCUCCACCAGAGGACACCCCCCUUCAUUCAGCCCUGAGCUCACAUGACAGCUCUCGUGGCUGUCCUCUAGCAGCACCUCUUGUAUGUAGUGCCAGGUCCACUUUUCAUCUUGGCAGUCUUAGUCUGUCCUCGGAGAAAAGCGGAAUUCUUUGAAUGUUCCCGUCCCUUUCUAAGACCCAGUAGCACGCCAGAGCACUGUUACUGAGAGCCACUCUGCUGCCUUCACCAGAGACCUCACAGGUAUCUUAGUGCAAACCCACCAGCACAAGUUCUAGAUCUGUUGGGUACAGUGGUGCAAACCAACUCGCUAUUCAGGCAGAUGGCUCGAAGAUCAGGGCCAGCCUAUGUAACACAAGACCCUGACUAGAAGGACCCCAAUACCUGACUAUCUACCUUUUUGUGCCAAUAGAAAAGUCUGGAAAAAAACUAACUUAAGUCUUAAGUUCGAGGUGUCCUGCAGAAUUCCCUUGAGCCUAACCCACUAUUUAUGAGUGGCCAGGGAGAAUACAAUUAAAACUAUUCUGUCCUAGUAAGGCCCAACAGCCAGUAAGGCCCUCAAUGAGACCUUCCUUCCAAGGCUGAUUGGUUCUGAGGUACACCAAUCCUGUCACAGAUACCAGUUCCUAGCUACCAAAGACCACACCUCAUGCCAGUGGUUAAAAAGCAAUCUUUAUUUUACAAAAUUAAAAACAUAAAUAAUAUUUACAAGCAUCUUAAAUACCAGCUUUAAUACUUGACAUUUUGUAAUCAUUUCAAAUUCAGUUUUCCACAGCUUUUAAAAUGGAAGCCCACUGCUUCGAUGAGCUGCUGCCAUCUAUCUCUGCCUCCCAAAGAAGUUUCUGCUUUCUCAAAAUUGUACUUUCUAUAGCUAUUUAAAAGCCAGUGUGCUCCUAAAUG